AUGGCCAUCACUCUCUACACUUUCUCCACCCCGAACGGAGUCAAAAUCUCCAUUGCUCUCGAGCUGCUUAAGCUGCAGUACAAGGCCGUCAACGUCGACAUCACCAAGGGCGAACAGAAGACUCCCGAGUUCCUCAAGGUGUCUCUGAACGGACGAAUACCCGCCAUCACCGACACCGAAGGUCCCGGUUCUACCUCCUCGGCCCCCUUUUCUCUGUUUGAGUCUGGAGCUAUUCUGCAGUAUCUGGCUGACAAGUACGAUCCAGAAUACAAGAUCUCGUACAAGCCCGGAACUCUGGAGCAUUACAAAACCAACGAGUGGCUGUUUUUCCAGAAUGCCGGUCUCGGACCCAUGCAGGGACAGGCCAACCAUUUUGUCAAGUUCGCCCCCGAGAAGGUGCCCUACGGCAUCAAGAGAUACACCGACGAGACCAAGCGACUGUACGGCGUGCUGGAGGAGCGGCUGAAGGAGAACGGAACCGGCUUCCUGGUUGGAGACCACAUUUCCAUUGCAGAUAUCUCCACUGUCGGCUGGGUCCAAUGCUCCCACUUUAUCGAUAUCGAUCUUACCGAGUUCCCCGAGGUCAACAAGUGGCUGGACCGACUCCUCGCCAUUGAGGGCGUCAAGAAGGGCUUCGAUGUGCCCGUGAAGUGGCCUUUCUUCAAGGAGUAA